AUGAUUUAUAAAUGGUGGCAUUCAUUUAUAAGAAAAAGAACAAAACCAAUUCCUGAAGACUUUGCAGUACUAUGGAAAAAACGACUGAGUUUAGUUUACGGAUUUCUUGCUUGGAAUGCAUUUGGUUUAGUAGUUUAUUCCAUUUAUCAAGGCAAAUCAGACUGGGCUCAUUAUUACGGAUUAAAAUCUGACGAAGAUAAAAACAUGUCCCCUGGCCAUUCUUGGGCAAAUACUCUAGGUAUUAAAAAUGCCAAAGUUAUAAGAAUUUCUGGAAUAUCAAAAGUAGAUGAAUAUGAUAUUGUUGAUGGAAAAGAAGUUAGAUCUAACAAGGGCAAUAAUUAA